GCGAUGACAUUAAAGAGAAGCCUUCACGGGCUUGUAAAUGUGAGAAUAGAAUCAUUUUUUUUUAUCGAUUUAUAUAUAAAAGACGACAGAAUUGCGAUGCAGUAAAUAAUUUUCGCAUUAUACUUAUAAGAGUUUCGCGGGCAAAUGGCGGAUCAAUAUUUCACCCCCACGCGGAUCUGAGCGGCAUCCCCAAUUACCAAAGAUUUAUACAAAAUAAUUUAAGUUUUGAAAGCUUUAAAGUGAAAAUCACACGGAACAUCAUAUAAGGGAUGAUACAAAGAAUGGUAAUUGGAAAUCACAACUUAGAAAAUUGUUAUAUACGAAUUUAAUAUAACGCACGAUCGAAAAUUCCGCUUAUUCCAAUUAUUAACUCUCAUUUUCUUUUAUGAAUUUAAUAGUGUUCGUAACUAGUGUUCGUAAAAGUAGUGCGUAGUCUUCGAAUUUUCGUUGCAUUUCGUACACAUACCCUUUUUGUAACGAGAUAAUAAGUUUUUACAUUUUCCAUUGUACACGCAUGGAGAGAAACAAUAAUAUCUGUUUAAGUCAGUUCUAUUAGGAUUGUGAAUUCUAAUCGAGAUAUCAAGUGCUGUUAUAUGAAAAGUGAAAGAGUAACGCCACCCCUUCAAAGUCGAGCGUGAGAAAAUUGACAAAACGUUUUACUACAAUAAUUGAAUUUGCUUUGUGGAUGUGAAGUACCUCGUUGUUUAAAAUUCAUUUUAGGACAAUUAUAAUGUGUGAACAAAGAUGCCGGAUGAACAGCGAUCAGUGUGUUUUCAAGGAAGGAAAACGCUGAUAAUGAAUCCCCAUAAAAUUGAUCACAAUAUUUUAUAUUUAAUACAAAGUAAAAAAUUUAAGGAGUUUACACAAUAACUCUUUUGAUGCUGUUAGAAGCAUUCUAAUUAUACAUUGUUGUAUGAAGAAAAAACAAUGCUAUAUAUAUCAGGUGCUGCGCCAAAAUACUACCUCUGCUAUGUGUACAAAGUUAUAAAAUUGAUUGUUUUAGAAGCAAAAUAAAGUUAUUAAAUAUAUAUAUAUAUAUACAUACAUACAUAUAUACAUAUAUAUAUGUAUGUAUAUACAUCUACACAUGUAUAGGAAUUUAAAUAUAAAUGGAGAAAUAUAUUCUGAACUAUAAGUAUUUAUGUGUAAAUGCAUAACAGAUAAAACUGGAAGCUCUUCCUUGAUCCAUGUUUUCUUAUUCAACAAUGUAUUAUCUACAAAUAAUAUGACAGGAGAACAUUCUAACACGAUGAUCUACUGACAAAUGUAUAGAAGUAAAAAUAUCUAUAUAUCAAUAGCUCAAGGGAAAUAGUCAUUAAAGUAAUUAAAAAUGAGCAUACCAUACGAUGAGAAUUUGAUAUGGAUAGUAGUGGUUGGAUUCAUAGUGGCCUUUAUUUUGGCAUUUGGAAUCGGAGCUAAUGAUGUUGCAAAUAGUUUUGGAACAAGUGUUGGUGCAGGAGUACUUACAAUAUUCCAAGCUUGCAUUUUGGCAACAAUCUUUGAAAUUGCUGGAGCUGUACUCAUUGGCUAUAAAGUUUCUGAUACUAUGAGGAAGGGUAUACUAAAUGUGACAUUAUACGAAGGCCAUGAAAAAGAAUUAAUGGUAGGAGCAUUAUCUAGUUUAGCUGGAUCUGGUAUCUGGUUAAUACUAGCAACAGCAUUGCGAUUACCUAUUUCUGGAACACAUUCCAUUGUUGGUGCUACAGUUGGUUUCUCACUUGUGUGUAAAGGUACUGCAGGGGUCAAGUGGGUAGCUCUUGCAAACAUAGCAGCAUCUUGGUUUGCAAGCCCUGUACUUAGCGGAAUUGUAUCAGGUGCUAUAUUUUGGGUUCUAAGAAAAUCAGUACUUCAAUCUAGUAAGCCUUUAGAACAAGGUCUUUAUAUUCUCCCAUUAGCAUAUGGACUUACUAUUGCUAUUAAUGUUAUAUCAGUUGCACAUGAUGGACCUAAACUUUUGAUGUUAGAUCGAGUGCCAUGGUGGGGUAGUGUACUUGCUGCAUUAGGUUGUGGCUUAUUUUCAGCUGCAAUUGUUUAUUUAUUUGUUGUACCAUGGCAAAGGAAAAGGAUAUUACUUUCAUUAAGUAGCAACAAAAAAACAACAACUAAGUUUGGUACCUGUGAUAAAAAAGAAACAACAGCAUUAUCUGUUAUUUCUGAAGCUCCAAGUAGUAGUAAUAGUAAUGGUAAUGCAAAAGAAGCAGCGCCAAAAUUACGUGGCAAUAGCAGUGCCAGCCCUCUCUUAAUGGUAGCAGGAUCAGAGAUUGAAGGAACUCAAACUGAAAUUGAAAGAAAAAACGAAGAACCACCAGAAGUAUCUCAACUCUUUGCUUUUUUGCAAGUAUUAACUGCAGCAUUUGGCAGUUUUGCUCAUGGUGGUAAUGAUGUCAGUAAUGCAAUUGGUCCACUUAUUGCACUCUGGGCUGUGUAUGCAGAGGGAUCAGCUAAGCAAGAAGCAGAAACCCCACUGCUUAUAUUACUUUAUGGUGGUUUAGGAAUAUCAACUGGUCUUUGGGUAUGGGGACGUAGAGUAAUACAAACUUUAGGACAAGAUUUAGCACGGAUUACACCAACUACUGGAUUUACUAUAGAGGUAGGAGCAGCAGUAACAGUUUUGUUGGCAAGUAAGGCUGGUUUACCUGUGUCAACAACUCAUUGUAAAGUGGGAUCUGUUGUCUGUGUGGGAUGGGCUUCGCGAGGUGGUGAGGGAGUUUCAUGGAAGUUAUUUCGUAAUAUUGCAUUUGCAUGGUUAAUUACGGUGCCAGUGGCUGGCUGCUUGUCUGCAGGAUGUAUGGCUAUCUUUAAGGAAAUAAUUAGUUUGUGACUUUAAUGCCAAGGCAACUAAUCCAUUUUAGUGAAAACCAUCCAAUGCUACUGUUGUCAAUAAUUUAUGCAAAAAUAAAGAUCGAAUAUAAAUUGA